AUGGCUCCGGUCGCGAAGCUGGCCUACGGGCUCUACUUGCUGGGGUCCCUGUCCCAAGGCAUACUGGCGAGUCCCUUGUCUGGUUUAAGCAGCGAGGAGCCGGCUCAGGUCCUGCUGGCUGAAUCCCAGGACUCGCUAAAUGCCCCGGCCGAUGAUACCAUCCUCGUGGAGUCUGACUCUGAAGAAGAGGGACUGCUCCCACCCUCGUGGUGGACCUCAACUCUAAUGGCCCGCCGCCUUCUCGCCCUCUCUACAUCCGGCGUGGCCUCUACAAUUUUCCCCGACCACUUACCACCAUACAGCCGCACGCCCGACACCGUCGCCGGCCACUCGGUCAGUUUGAAAGAGUACUUCGCCGACUGCGACGAGGCACUCCCCGCCGAGUCCGGCAACGGCGGAGACGGCAACCCAACCUUUCUGGCCCUGCACGUGGCAACAACCUUCCGCAACACCGCCGCCGGAUCCAACAUCUCGCUGUCCAUCGACUGGUGGGACCACCUCAACCAGACCACGCCUGUUUUCCCGGGCUUCCCGCUCAGCCCGGCGGGUCUGCCGCGGGUUACGCUGUUCGGAUACAUUGAGCCCUUUGCGACGCCGGUGCCGGCGGAGACGGAGAAGGCGUUGAAGGAGUGUUAUACUGCUGCUCAUCCUGACUCGAGUGUUUGGCUGCCUGGAAGGCCGGGGUCCCCGCAUUCGAGCUUCUGGGCCAAGAUGGUUGUGACUCAGGUCUACUGGAUCGGAGGAUUUGGGGGCCUGCAGCAGAUUGGGUGGUUUGAUAUGGAUCAGUGGAGAGGAAUUCGACGGAAGGGGAGCUUGCCUGGCGUUGGGGAUGGACGGGGGUGGGAGGAUGUGAGGCUUCCGGGGGAGAAUUAG